CCCGUCUGCCCUACCCGUACCGCAGCUAGGUCGAAACAGCUACCGCCGUGCUAUCUUUCAGUAUAACCAGCUAUUUUAUUCAUGCUCCAUUGCAUUUGGUUAGGCGCCAAUCGCCAUCCCCGAGGCGUAAUCCGCUGUCCCAAUCUAGUCAACAAACGCCUUACCGCAUCUACGAUAUUUGUUGAAACGUUAAUACACAACACUCGGUGCCCUGGAGGGAGUGGGCGGUGCUGAAGAUAGGUUGUAGAGUGUCUGUAGAGUGUCAUGCAGACAAAUAAAGCCAAGGCCGAGGCGCUGGGGCGGAAAGCAAAGCUCGCCAAUUCGUAUCAGGAGUUACUCGACGAGUUUUCGAAUAAAGAUUUAAAACAUGUUGGAAAUUACACCUUAGGGAGGCUGAUAGGGAAGGGUUCCUUCGGAAAGGUCUAUCUCGCAAACCAUAGGCUUACAAAUGGCUCCAAGGUCGUCCUCAAGUCAGCUAAUAAGGAUGAUUCCAACCUUGCCCGAGAGAUCCAUCACCACCGGCAGUUUGUUCAUCCUCAUAUCGCGCGCCUGUACGAAAUUAUAGUGACAGAGUCCUUGGUAUGGCUUGUGUUGGAGUACUGCCCAGGCGACGAGCUCUACAAUUACCUCCUUAACAACGGUCCUCUCCCCGCUGAAAAGGUGCAAAGGAUAUUUACACAGCUAGUUGGUGCUGUUACCUACGUACACCAGCAGUCAUGUGUUCAUCGCGACCUUAAACUCGAAAAUAUCUUGCUCGACAAACACGAGAACGUCAAGUUGGUCGACUUCGGGUUUACGCGCGAAUACGAGGGCAAAUCCAACUAUUUACAGACAUUCUGCGGUACGAUAUGUUACUCGGCGCCAGAGAUGUUGAAAGGGGAGAGAUAUGCCGGUGAGAAAAUAGACGUAUGGAGCCUAGGUGUAAUUCUUUAUGCGCUGCUAUGCGGUGAGCUGCCGUUCGACGACGACGACGAUAAUAUAACGAGAACUAAGAUCCUAACGGAGGAGCCAAAGUACCCGGGGCAUCUUCCUUCUGACGCUGUUGCCCUAAUCAAGAUUCUCCUCUCUAAACGACCUCUAUUGAGACCUACCCUGCCCGAGAUCCUUUCCCAUGUAUUCCUCGCGGAGUAUGCUCCUCAGCAGCAAGCAAUUCUUAAGCUACACCAGCCCCCGCCAUUCACUACACAUCUAGAGAAAGAUUGUCUACAGCGAAUGCGAAGUGCCGGCGUGGAUAUUGAUGCUGUUAUCGAAAGCGUUCUAGCACAACGAUGCGACGUGCUGGCUGGUUGGUGGACACUAUUGUUGGAAAAGGAGGAGAGGAAAGCUCGCCGGCGCGAGAGAAAAAGGAAAGAGAGGGAAGCUGAAAAUAGAAACUCGCGCCGAUUUUCUGCAGCAUCCAGCAAGCUCGAACGCAUGGCUCCGAUUUUAGAUGAAGACCCCAAUGGCUCCGGGAUACUAGGCGAACCGCCCAUACCUAAGAUGAGAGGUCGUCCAGAAAGGAGAAGUACUGCAUACAGCGACUUCCAAGUCCCGGAAUUGCCCAACUUGCCUGAGUCUCAAAUAAACACUCAUCUGAACGCUGACGAUGGUACGCCGCCGCCGCCGCCAGUAGAUAAGGACUCUGUGCGGUCGGCUAGCUCCUCUCGACAACGACGGCCGAUACCACCACCGAAAGAAGGCAUCCUUCGGAGUGCGAGAUCUAGAGGCUCCACCCUCCACCUUGUAACCACAUCAGAUGCAUUGGGACAUCAAACACAAGAACUUCACCCGCCACAAAAAGUACGCAGGAAGCCGUCGCAGGCAAUUGUUGCUACAUGGAAAAAUUGGACACACUGGAUUGUUGAGAGUACAAGACGGCACAGGCCCAAUAAGCGAGGGAGCAUGUCUACUCCUAACCUAGCUGCUAAAGACGGCCAGUCGGGUGCCAGCAAGAACCCCAAGGAUCCUAGUCCUCGACCUCACACUAGUAAGUAUCCCGCCUCUCUACAAGGCACUGCCGAUUUGAGCGGUGGGAACUCGCCGAAUCUACCCAACGGGAAUGUUAAAGGCAUCGGGAGAAGCGACGGUAACCCAGCGAAGAAGCCUACGCCAACUCCGCUUUCGACGUCUUCGAACCAGGGAUCGCAUCGUAUACCAUCCAGUACCUCAUCAUACAAACGCCAAUCCUUAUCUCCGGGCCCGCUAACACCUCGCUCUACGAUGCGCCGCUCAUCCAUUGGUCUUCGAGGUCGAAAGUCGACUUCUUCCUCCCUAUCCUCCAUUCGAACAAUGCCUCAUCACCACCACUCGCACUCUAAGGCUAGUUCAACAAGCUCUACCGGAUCCGUGUCGACAACGAGAACACCUGGACGAUCACCGCAUCAUUCGGUCAAAGUUCUCCCUGCUACGCCAACUAGCACAUCGUUUCCGUCUAAUAUUCGUCUCGUCCGCGGACCGACAGUUGCGUUAAGUUUUAACGAGGGCAUGCCUUCAUCUAAGUCGGCGCAAAAUCCUCCCGGUUCUCCUAAUCCGUUUACAUCAAAUAGCCCCUCUGUGUUAUUCGCGAAACGCAAGCGAAAUAUAUUCAAAGGCCCCAUGCUCUCUAUUGGCAACUCAUCGCGCGCUGGUCCUAGCUCCAGUAGUCAUAGCCGGAGCGCAAGUGCGAGCGGACUCGGGAGGAGGAGCGGCGAAAUCACCAUCCAAGAAGAGGAUGAAGAAGCCGAAGAAGCAAUACGUGAUGUCGAACCCGAUGACGACGUCGAGGAGGUAGAGCAUUUCAGUCCCAUUUUGCAAGUCCCCGGAGAAAAAGUAGAAGAAAUUUAUGAAGGUGAGGCAGACUCCAAAGAUUCUGCACCGGAUUUUGGUGCCAGUGUUGGAACCGUCACAGCUGGUGAGCGUGAUAGGGGAUAACGACUUGAUGAUACCCUGUGAUAGCAUGAACGCAUUGUAGCGGAGCGAGUUCUUGUUGUUUUGACGGGAUUUCCGGCCGUAUUGUUAUAUACCUAGAUCUCCAUCUUGGUAUUUUUGUUUUCUAGGUUGUCAGCUGAGCGGUGAACAGCACACGCGCGGCUCGGACUGUACAGCCUUGUUGUAUUUUUGGUAUCUAUUGCGUACGCUGUACGAUUUUCGGAGGAAAAAGAUUACCCAUAUAUCAAUCAGGUGAUGUAUGUCCAGGAAUGCUUGCAAUUCUCGUUGUCUUGUACUAGAAAUUUUGAUGGAUUCUACUUAUUAGCUCAGCAAUCGAAUUGCUGCAAGCUUUCUGUGAACGAAACCCCUAACUUGUAGAUAAGGAUCUCUACAUAGAAGCCCAUAAGCUCACGGUAGCUCAUACACAGGUAGCUAUAUACUUAAUCCACAAUGCAGAUGAAUAUUAGGUCAUGAGAGGAUUUU